AUGCAGGUUACAACGAUCGGAGGCGGAUCUUUGCGUCUUGUCGGAGGCGUCGCGCCGUGGGGAGGGCGGCUGGAGUUCCGCCCGUGGCAGGCGGCGGAGUUGGGAACCGUGUGCAACACCAGCUGGACAGAGGCUGAAACUGAGCUCGUCUGCAGGCAGCUAGGUUAUACCGGUGGAGUGAGCGCCAGCCUGCCAGCUUUUGGGGAGGGGACAGGCCCGAUAUGGCUGGGUGACGUCACCUGUGAGGAAGACGACGUCAGCAUCACAUCUUGUCGCUUCAGCUGGGAACCUUCAGACUGUGAUCAUAGCCAGGACGUAGCUGUUGUCUGUACAGGUGGUGUGUCCGUUCGCCUUACCGGCAGCCAGAGCCCGUUACAAGGCCGAGUGGAGGUCCGUCCCGGAAAUGGAGACUGGGGAACGGUCUGUGAUGACGGGUUUGACGACAGGGACGCCCAGGUGGUCUGUAGACAGCUCGGGUAUCGGGGUGGAGUCACCACGGCAGGAGGAGACUUCGGAGACGGGGCUGGGCUCAUACGGCUGGGGAUACUAGACUGCUCUGGUGACGAGUCUUCUGUAGCGGACUGUGAGAUCAACAGGUGGGGAGACCACGACUGCAGCCACAAGAAAACUGCAGGAGUCAUCUGCACAGAUGACGUGUCCGUUCGACUGAACGGAAGCCAAAGUCCGCUACAAGGCCGAGUGGAGAUCCGCCCAAAACACGGUGACUGGGGAACGAUCUGUGAUGACGGGUUUGACGACAAGGACGCCCAGGUGGUCUGUAGACAGAUCGGGUAUCGGGGUGGAGUCGCCACGGCAGGAGGAGACUUCGGAGAAGGGACGGGAAAUAUCUGGUUACAGAAUGUUAACUGCAUCGGGGCAGAAUCUUCUUUAGGUGACUGUCCGAUUCAGAGUUGGGGCAGUCAAGACUGCAGCCACAGACAGGACGCAGGAGUCGUCUGCACAGGCGAGGUGUCCGUCCGACUUAUCGGAGGCCAGAAUUCAUCAGAAGGCCGAGUGGAGGUCCGGCCCGGAAAUGGAGACUGGGGAACGGUCUGUGAUGACGGGCUUGACAACAGGUACGCCCAGGUGGUCUGUAGACAGCUCGGGUAUCGGGGUGGAGUCUCCAGGGUGGGAGGAGUUUUUCCUGAAGGGACAGGAAACAUCUGGCUGGACAAUCUCAGCUGCGCGGGGAACGAGUCUUCUGUAGCGGACUGUGAGAUCAGCAGGUGGGGAGACCACGACUGUACCCACAAGGAGGAUGCAGGAGUCGUCUGUGGCAAUGCAGCAGAGGAAGACUGUGCUGGGUAUUAUUCAUCCGGACGGACAAGUGGAGUCUAUCCAAUCGGCCUCCUCCCCGCUGAUGUAGAGGCGUACUGUGACAUGAAUACCGCAGGAGGCGGUUGGACCGUGAUCCAGCGGCGGCAGGACGGGGUAUCAGGUGAGUCGGACGGGUACCGGCUGCACAUUUCCGGGUAUUCAGGCACCGCGGGAGACUCCAUGGCUCACAACAACGGGCAGAGGUUCUCCACUGUGGACAGGGACAAUGAUGCCCUCAGCAGCGUCCAUUGUUCUCAGCGGCACGGACAGGGCGGCUGGUGGUUUGGACACUGCAGCAACUCCUUCCUCAACGGACGCUACCUGGGCAACUGUGGGAGCUCCUGUCCAUCCUGGCAAGGUGUGGAGUGGUACCACUGGAGAGGCCCUUAUUACUCCCUGAAGUCUGUGUCUAUGAAGAUCAGGCCAUAA